UACAGUCCUUCCUUGUUGCAGUGUAUCAAUGUGGCGUCCAUGCUUGGUCUAGCUGUGUAAUCUCCAUUUAUUCCGUUGAAGUCCUCUCAAAGGUGAUAUUGUAAAGCUGGUUUUGUACGGAAAACCUUACAGUGACUCUUUCAUUGUCGACUGCGUGUUUGAAUCGAAGUUUGUGAUUGGUUAACGUCCGUUGGUUACCAUGGAGAACAAAAAGUUGUUACGGAUCUCGGAGAGGUUGGAGAGAGUCGCUGUACAGUUAGAGCUGAGUUUUGACGCCAUGUUGGAUGAAGGUGACGUUGACCCGAGAGCGUUUGCCGACAGUCUGAAGGGUAGACUGAGGGAUAAGAUUCCAUUUUACACCAUGUCUACGGACCUGACUGGUAUUGUGAGGCGGUUGGAGGCGGUUACGUCCCGUCUGGAGGCGGUCGCAGGUGCCGGUGGCGGUGCUGGUACCGAGAGUUCGGUAGGGGACGCUGGCGGAUAUGGAGUGAAUGAGAAGAAUACCGGAGGAAAGAAGGAUGUUCAAGUCGUAUUGACUCCCCAGGUCAAAGAAGCUUUGGCGCCGUUCGUAGAGGCCUACGAUGAAAUCCUGUCUGGACCAUUCGCACAGGUCGUUUCCCUGAGUCAGCAGUUAGGAGGGGAUGUCAGCACACAGGUUUCGAUGGUGAAGCAGGCGUUCCAGGCACAGAGAGAGUUCAUCGUGCACGUGUCCAAGUGUAAGGAGCCUAGCCCGGAAAUGUUGAUGAAGAUGCUUCAGCCGACUGCAAUCUGCAUAUCAGCUGUACAGAGUUACCGUGAGGGGAAUCGAGCCAGUAAAAUGUUCAACCACCUGUCAGCGUUCAGCGAGGCCAUUCCUGCGCUCGGAUGGGUCACCAUGAGAAUCCCCGAGGCCAACGAUCCGAUGGGGAAUCCGAAACCGGCGCCGUACGUGAAGGAAAUGAAGGAUGCUGGGAUGUUCUACACCAACAGGGUCCUCAAGGACUUCAAUAAAACGGACAACCGGCAUGUGGACUGGGCCAACAACUGGAUCAAGACGUUGGUGCAGCUUCACGACUACGUCAAGGAACACCACACCACCGGACUGUCCUGGAACAAGGCUGCAACAGAACCAGCCCCUGCUAAAGCUCCGGCUCCCGCUGCCCCCGCCAAAGGUGGGGCACCCCCCUCCCCCUCCCCCUGGGCCCCCCCUCCUCCCCCACCCCCUCCCCCUGCAGACCUCACCUCUGGUUCGGGGGGUGGGGACGACAUGGCCGCUGCCAAAUCAGCACUGUUUGCCGACCUCAACAAGGGAACAGACAUCACUAAAGGUCUGAAGAAGGUGACAUCAGACAUGCAGACCCACAAGAACCCAACCCUGCGGCAGACGGGUCCUGUCACCUACAAACCCGGCUCCGGCCCCAAACCUUACUCCAAACCCACCACAACAACCACCGGGCCACCCAAGAUGGCGCUGGAAGGGAAGAAAUGGAGUGUGCCUGCAAAGGAGAACCCUCCUGUGCUUGAACUGAAUGGCAAGAAAUGGAAUGUGGAGUACCAGAAGGACAGGAAGGACCUGGUUAUCUCCCAGGCAGAGAUGAAGCACACUGUGUACGUGUACAAGUGUGAGAACAUCACGCUGCAGAUCAAGGGCAAGAUCAACUCUAUCACAUUAGAUAGCUGUAAGAAGGUGGCUCUUGUGUUUGAUGAUGUCAUCGCUUCAGUGGACUUCAUCAACUGCCAGCGUAUACAGGCACAGGUGAUUGGUAAGACGCCGAUCUUUAACGUUGACAAGACAGACGGGUGUCAGAUCUACCUGAGUAAGAACUCACUGGACACGGAGGUCGUCGGCGCAAAGUACUCGGAACUCAACAUCCUGGUUCCUGACGACAGCGGGGAAUUCACUGAAUUCGCCAUUGCUGAACAGUUCAAGACAGUCUGGGACCCCAAAACGAAGAAGAUGAACACCGUUCCAACCGAGGUCGUAGGUUAAACAAACUCCAUAACCCCCAAACACACCCUCAAAUAUACAGCUUAACUAGAUACAGGCAUCUUUUGUAUGGGUAUAUUUGCAUAUACAAACUUAUUUCUUAGGAUAAAUCUUUAAUUCUCUACCAUACAAAGUGGCGGUAAAUUUUACAAUUAAAAGAACACGUUACUCAGAAAACUUUCACUAAGUGCAUUUAUGUUAAUUAGUUUUAAUCUAGUCAAAAAAUUGUACAACCUUUAAAGAGUGGACAAAAGAUGAGGAAAAGUUUGGUUUUUCAGAGAUGGAAUACUGGAAUGAUAUGCAAAUUUAAGGCUCUUGUUUUCACAAAUGUAUGUAUUGGAUACCUGAAUAUGCAACAGUUACUGAAGAUUGUCUCAGAAUGGUACAUUUCCACAAAUUAAACUACUUUGUCACCUUAAAGCAAUGUCUGUUUGCAGUUGAUUUUUAUGAUCAAUAAUAUAUUAUUUUUUAUACUUUUGAGCAGUGUUCUAGCCAGCCUAAAAUUUUUUCUGUCAUCUUAAUGUUUGAUGUAACAUCAUACUGAAGGCACGGCAAUCCUAGGGGGGUCUGUGUGCAUGCUUCCUUGGGAAAUUUUGAAAUCUUGACCCUCUGAAACACUAUUUCCUGUAUUUUGACAUUUGACGGGCAGAUUUUGCUGGUAGACAUCCCUUUACACCGAUUUUUCCCUGUCAAAGACUGGGCAAAAUUUUUGUCCAUCAUAUUGCAGAGAAUUCUGUUAAAUGAUGAAAAAACAGACAAUGGCUAGAACACUGCUAAUACACACUGUACAUGUACAAUGAACAUUGUAUUAUGUAACAUCAUUACUUGCAAAUGUUUGGACAAAUGAAACCAAACUCACCUGGGCAAAUUAUUCUCCGGGUUUGGCUAAAUUUGACUUUUUUUUCAGCCAGCAUUUUUAGUCUGGUGGAGACUAAGAAAAAAAAAGUCAGGGUAAUGACAAAAGCUGCUGGGGAAAUUUGAAGGAAACUGCAAUGAAACAAAGUCGGUUCUUUUCCUAUGAAACUUGAACUUUUGAGACAAGUCAAGUGCAACACAUGGACAACUCAUUGUGUGGGUGAGUUACAUGUAACUCUUCAACUAACCAGUGAAAACCUGUGUACCUUCUGUGCUGUAUAUAUAUAUAUAUAUGGCACAUGGAGAGCAGUUAAGGUUGACAAGUUAUCAAUUAAACUGAUGGUUACUCCCUGGUGUAGUAUAGGGUAUCAAUUAUAGCAAGAUCUAGAUGCAAUACAUGCCACUUUGAAUUCUGAUGCUGCCAUACAUGUCUACUUUCCAAAUUUACCAGAUGCAUGUCACUUUGUACGUAACAUAUUAUAUACUACAGGUAUUCAGUGAUUUUUUUCCAUUAUCAUAUAUGGUUAAAGCAGGUUAAAGUGAGUUCUGUAUAUGGCUCAUGUAAUUCAAUGAGUUACCCCCAGUAUGUGUUGGUUGAGAGGCUUGCAUAGAUGCUUGUUGAAAUCCCACUUUUGACACCAGUUUAGUCUAGGGAUUUUUUGCAACACCUUUAACUGCUGAGCAGUGGAAUUUUUGUAUACUCCGUACAUAAACAGAAGUAAAA